AUGUCUGCCUACGGUGCUAUCCUAGGCCCAAGCCGCACAGUUACACUUCCGUCCACUUUAUGGCAUCUGAGGACCACUCGCACCCGUUCCGAUGUUAAUCAUCUGACGAUCCAUCACCUCACCGUGUCGACCGCGCUUGCUCUGCCAGGACUGCUCCCAUACCUGCAUGCCGUGUUCGCAGAUGAACUGGAUCGAGGGUUAAGCUAUCCGCAGGAGAUCCUCGCGGGAGAGAUCUACACCGAAGAGAUGUUCAAGGCCUAUUACUUCGCUGGAGACGUGCUAAUUGCGGUCCUUGGAGACGGUAAGGAGGACAGCAAGGCACACGAUGGUGGCGAGAUUUCGCAGGGGAUAGAAGAGGCUAGGAACGGACGAAGUUGGGAGGAUUGCAUAGCCGGAUGCUACUACGUAAAACCCAACUAUCCUGGCCGUUCCUCGCAUAUUUGCAAUGCGGGCUUCCUCGUACCCCCUUCACAACGCGGGAAGGGUAUAGGGUCGGUCCUGGCACGUUCCUUCCUCUACUACGCUCCUCGCCUCGGAUAUGAGGCCAGUGUUUUCAAUCUGGUAUACGUGAACAACACGGCUAGCGUCAGAUUGUGGGAGGCUCUUAAUUUCACGAAGGCAGGCUUGAUUCCCCGUGCCGGCCGGCUGAAGAAGGCAGAUGGUACUCCGGGCGAGGAAUACGUGGACGCCUAUGUAUACUAUCGUCGCUUUGACAAACCUUGA